UUCCUUCCCACAGUGUGCAAGUAUGUGGCGGUAGAGCUGAAAUCUGCUUUUGAGGAGACCAGCAAGACCAAGGAGGUGAUUGACACCAAGUAUGGCUUCCUGGACGGGAAGGGUUCUGCCGUCAAGUACACACAGGACAUCCGGUUAAUCGAGGUGACAGAGAACAUCUGCAAACGGCUGUUGGAUUACAACCUGCACAAGGAGAGGAGCGGCAGUAACAGAUUUGCAAAGGGCAUGUCAGAGACGUUUGAGACCCUGCACAACCUGGUGCACAAGGGCGUCAAGGUGGUGAUGGACAUCCCCUAUGAGCUGUGGAACGAGACCUCUGCUGAAGUGGCUGACCUCAAAAAGCAGUGCGAUGUGCUGGUGGAGGAGUACGAAGACGUGAUCGAGGACUGGUACAGGCACCAUCAGACAGAGGAUCUCUCCCAGUUUCUCUGCGCCGACCACGUGCUGAAAGGGAAGGACACAAGCUGCCUGGCAGAGAAGUGGACUGGCAAGAAGGGUGACUUGGCAAGCGUGGGGGAGAAGCAGAGCAAGAAAAAGAGCGGGAAGAAGAAGAAGAAGGGCCAGAAGGAUGAGAGCGAGGGAGCUACCAGCCUCCCAGCUGCAGGGGAAGCCCUGGAGG